CCCCCUGAUUACAGGGACACUUCGUCAGGAGAUUGCGAGCAGAGAGCCAGAGGAGGAACCGAAAACCUGGUUUCUGCUCAACACACCAUCGGAGAAGCCCUCGCCCUGACAGUCUGCAGCUCUCUGGAGAACAGCACCUCGACACUGACUGAUCCUCCUGUGGCAGCUGCUGUCCGUGCACAUUUUGAGGAGUGUCCUUUGUCUCACAGACACUUCUGUUUCCAUGGCACCUGUCGGUUUUUGGUGCAGGAGUCUUUGGCGGCUUGUGUCUGUCAUACAGGGUACAUGGGCUCCCGAUGUGAACACGCUGACCUCCUGGCUGUGGUAGCUACACAGCAGAAACAACAAGCCCUCACUACCCUGCUGGUGGUCUCCAUCAUUGCCUCGGCUCUCCUGAUAGCGGCUUGUGUCUUACUGCAUUGCUGUCAGAAGUGGAGGAAGUCUGAGCUGUGCCAACAGAUAUUCGCACGGCGUGAAGCAACCCUGCUGAAGAAUGUGCCCCCCAGUGCUCAGGGAGACACAGGAGUAUGAAGAAAGCUGCUUUCCACCAAGUACAGGCAUCCAGCUCUGAGCUCGCCAGUUUCCCCUCCGUAUCCUGUCUGCUGUGCCUCAGCACUGGGACACACCACUCCUGUCUCACCUGCCGGUCAGCCAACGGAAAGCAUCUUGUAUAUUGUGGAAUUCUGCUGUUUAUGUUUGUUUUUUGUUGUUGUGAAUUAAUUUAUGGAAAUAUUGAAGUGAAGCCAUCUCUCUGAGGAAGGGCAGAAUGUAAUUUAUAGCUAUUGAGACGUAUCUGUGGGAUUAUUUGAAUAUUUAAGGAUCAGAAAGGAACUCAAAAAGUUAUAUGUUAAACUAUUUAAACUGAGACAUGAAAUAAAAGUUUUUUUUAUUUAAA